UAUUCAGUGAGUGGCUUUGCAUUAAGUAAGUGCCCUUAAUCAGCUUUUCAGUUCAGUUUUAUUGGUUGCGUGCACAGUCAGUUAUUUCAUCCAGAAAACCUGAGGGUCCUACAGAGCUAACCAGUGGCCGCUAACAGACGCUGCUUAAAUGAGAGCUGCGAAUGACCAAGCGCUGCAUUCCCUGCAACCCUGAAGGAAGCCUUCUCCGCCACUGCUUUAUGGGCAAAGAUGGGGAGAGGAGCUGGCCCCAUGCCUUCCCGACGAAGCCUUGCCCCCCAGAACACUUCAGCAGAAAUUUCUAUGCUGAGGGCGCUGCCCUUCUAAAAUUGAAGAUAACCUUCAUGGAAGAGUAUUACAUGUUGAUUUUUUUGAGGACAGGGUGGUGUAGCAAGGUCAGUAAUAUCCACCUGCGGCGGGUGGAGGGGACCAGGAGCAGGGUCUGGCCCUGAGCAUCCCAACGGUGGAGAAUGGCCAUGCUGUGGGGAAGCUGUGCUGGCAGUGGGAUUUAACGGGUAAUGGAUAUGUGUGUUUAAAGCAUGUCUUCAGUUCAGUUUUAUGACAAGAUAUCUGAACGAACACAAAUCUCAAGGCUAUGAGCAGUGCCAUUGAUUUGGAUUUUGACGAUUAAAGUUAAGUGGGUUCUUAAGAAAUCUGUCUGACAUAAGCACAGCAUGUGUGUGUUUGUGCCUUGGAAAUGUUUUGUUGAGUCAAAAUAAAUGUUACAUCUACGAAGUGAAAUUUCAGAGCUGUGUCCCCUCUUCUUUAGUUCAUACCAUAAACAUUUCAAAAGACCAAGACUAAUGACUUCUUCGUCCAUUAAAAACCCACAUUUGAACUUCCAUACCACUAACUCUGCCAGAAAUUCAUGUACUACCUAUAUCGACAUUUUGGCUUAACAUGCAGAUGCUUUGUUUUUAGAAACUAUUAUUUCCAUUUUCGAAUGUGCCUUCUUGCUCUUUUCUGCAGUCUGGAAGCUUAGGAGUGGAUUUAUGAACAAAGGACUAUCACAAGUUCACAAGGCACCAGGUUGCUCCAGAUUUGAUAAAAUCGUGGUAAUUGAGGCCUCCGAAUAAGACUGCAGUCCUUUGCUAUUCUUAGGGGUUUUCCUCAUUAUAGAGAUGAUUUUGAAACAUUUUGCUCUUACUUUCAAAUGUGAUGAUCAAGUUAAAUUUGUAAUUUGCUAUUUUUGGUUUUGUAACUUAUUGCAUGUUUUUUCUUGAAAGUGUAUUUAUUUCACUUUUUUUUUUUUUAAACAAGAAGUGUGCUUUUACCCAGGCAAUAUGUUUUUAAAUGUGGUGUGGGUCCUUAAUUUUACUUAUGCUGUACCUUUAGAUUUUAUGUAUUUCUGUGACCAGCUACUUUUCCAACCAAUUAGUUAUGACAUAAUUCCUUUCAUUUUUUUACACAGCAGAUACCAUCCUGUGAUAUCUUGUAGUUUCAUAUUCUUGCUAACACAAUUACAGGGACUGUGAACACAGUGGUAAAAUCUCUGUAUACCCAAAAUAAUUUCUAAAUGGUUUUAGUAUUAUGGAGCUUUUUAUUGAGGGCAACAACAUAGAGUUGCCUUUAUGUUAUUGAUUUUAAUUUCGGUGCACGCAGCUAUUUUCUCUCAGCACUGAGAGGCAGAGCGGGUACUCAUACUGUGUGCAGGCUGAGCUUCAGCAGAGACGCUGGUAGGACCUUCUUCAUGUGCCUGGCUGUUUAUCAUGAAGAUAAACACAGCCAUGCACGGUUAGACAGCAUGGCUGGUGGGAUUCAGCAGGGGCCACCGAGGAGCAAAGUCACAGCAAGACAAGCAGAUGUCAAUACCUUGUUUUCUCAUAAAACUGCUAGGAACAUCAUGGCUUCAGACCAUGCACUCUUGGCAAUUUCAUUGAAAUUGGCCUCGAGGAUGCUGAGAAGACACACACACACAGAUACGAGUGCAUGCUCACACCCUGUGGAAUGUGAGCUCUGCCUCUUUAGAGAACCAGAAUUAAUACUCUCCUCAGCCUGGAUUCACCCUUGGAAGUCCACAAGGACCAGCUACAAAGCAGUCCUCCCUCCCUCCCUCCUGCUCUCCCCACACAUCCCUGUGCUGGGGGACAGCAAUCUCCUCCUCAUCACAGAGACACGUUCUGGAUGCAGAUUCAGAGCAAGCCUGUUCCUGAAGUUUCAGCCAGCAGAUCCUGGUGUGUCAAAGGAGUUUUCACGGGGAGCUGCACACCCCGGGGAAGGAAAGGGGACAGAUGCCCAGGUUAGAAUAAAUUGUCUGCCAGCAACAGUCUCUCUGCGGCCCUGGAGUCCAGUGCCAGCCUCCCCUGAUGGUGCUGCUGCUGCACCUCAAGUAUUUAGGUUCUCCAGGCAAAGUUUAAGGAUUUCAAGUGAAGCCAUUGGGUGGCUGAGUUACCGUACAGCCUUCUCCUCUCUGCGCAGCGUUAGCCAAACCAACUUGCGUGACUCCAAAUGGUGAAGCCUGGGGGGUUUCCCAUUACUCUGGAAGGUCCCUCUGCCGCUGUGGUACCAAAGCAACUGGUACAUGACUGCUGCUCCUGGUUCAUGCUUAUCGUCUUUGAGGGAGCUUCCACCCAUGGUACCCUCCAAAAUCACCACUGCUUUGCAACACACGGAGGAGGAAAUAAAGUCAGCCUUGUCCGAAGGGACCUAAACUUCUCUGUAACUCAUCAGAGAUGAGUACUGAUGCUUGAGGGGUGAUCCCAAAACCUUCCAACUGCACUUUUGGGCGGUCUUGGCUGCCCUGAUAGAUAAGUAUUUCUUUUCCUUCACCAGACUACCUUUGUCUAUCAAAAUACAGCAGACUUGUUUAAGAUCUCUCUAAUGACGUAGACUGGUUACUGUUUUGAACCUGAAUGAUUUCUGACUGCCAGGAGUUUUCAGUGUGAUGGAAGAAGUAAAGCAGCAGAAAAAAGAAAAUGUGCCUUAUUUUCUUUUUCUUACCUCUUCUUCUCCCACCCUCCCCGAACGAGCUGUGUUUAUUUACAUAAGUUUGUGGGAAACAGCUCCCCGGCUGCUUGCGGGAGAGAUCAUUGCUCUGGUCUUCCGGGGUUCUUGGGGGCCAGAAAAUUCCACGUUGGGGAGACGACGCUGCUCACAGCGCUUGCAUGUGCCUUUGCUCACCCUUUCGUUAAAAGAAGAGAAAUCAUUUAACAGUAGUACUAGUAGUAGCUACCUCAUUUUCCAUAUGGGUCAUUGCACUGUGGCACGUACAACAGAAUAACAUAUAAAAUCUUACUUCUUCAGUACGCUACCCUGUUUUAAAAUUACGCGUGUUUAAACAUGUGCUCCUGUAUGAGAAAAUUUGGCCAAACACAGCUCACUAGCUCUUUUCUGAAUAUAUUAAUUGGUUCAAAACACGACACAGGGACUUUAUUUGCUCUGCAGCUGGUCCAGCUCCAAUUCAAAACGUGUUUGAUUUCAUUGGGGGUGAGAGCAGGUUGUCUUUUUGGUUGGAGUUUUUAUAUUUAUGCCACUAUCCUUUUUUUUCCCCCCAAUAUUAAUGAAGCUGUUAUCAUGAGGUAGAUGUCUUUUGACACUAUGAAACUUAAAGGAGAAAAACUAAUUGAGGACAGAUGACUUAUGUUCAUCAAAUGAGCUUCCAGCCGGCUGUGUAACACUGUCAGAAAGCAGGGCAGGGGGAACCCAGUUAAAUACCCUACAGGGCCUGCCAAAAUGUUUUUUCUUUGGAAACUGGAUUAAGAAAUACUUGAUUGCACUACUCUUUUCUUCUUUUAAACAUCUUAGUUUUAAGAUAUGUAAAUACCUGUCUUUGUAGAAUACCUGGGAAGUACAUCACUGACAAUGUGCUCUGAAAGAAGGGAUUUGGUUAAAAGAUGUCCGUAAGAACAAGAAAACAAUUUUAUUAUCAAAGAGUGGUAACAGAAAUGGACAAAGUUAUACGUUUGAUGCAAUACAAAGUUCAAAGGAUGGCCUAAUUAUUUUUUGACAUUUUUAUGUCUUUUUUAGCAUUUUUGACCUAUUCAAGGCAAGAAGGUGGUUUCAGAAAAUGACAAGCAAAUGGUAAUUUGAAGGACUUUUAAUGUUUUAGUGAUCCCAACAAACACUUUCAUAAAGUAUUUUUGUCAGGCUUUGUGAGGCUGGUGUUUUGGUACAUUGAAUCAAUGUACCAAAGAAACGUUUCGGUACACUGGUUUUCUGAUGGCACUUCUUUGGGGAAAUGAUAACAAGCAGUGCAGGAUUUGGGGGUUUUGCCUUCAGUGGUCUAAAAUAUCUCAAACACUGAAGGAAAAAAAAUCCCUAAAAAUCAAACAGGUGUCCCUGUGAUUCCUGAAGAAAGGGCUGGCACGUACGCUGUUUGUGAGCUUCCUCGUGCCAGGAUGAGGGUGCUGCAGAUAGAACAAGGCUGCACUGGCUUAUUUUCCAGCACUGAUUUCUCUCUCAAUGCAAAACCGUGUUAUAAGGCUCUCGCACUUGCCACAUCACAGCAGAGCUGACACUCCCUCCUGAAAUACUUGUUGUUAAUAACCCGUGAUCACUUCUUCAUUUCUAGCAGGCCUUUUUUAGGUAAAACUUGUUUUUUAUUGGAUUAAUGUGAGCUAUGCAUGUAGACUGGUGCUAUGCAGUUCGGACAACUCCUCCUCAACGUUCCUUAAAGUUUUUCCAGACCAGGGUCAGGCUGAUCCUUCCUGCUCUCUACA